AUGAAGACGCUACUUAUAAGAGAAAGAAAUAUGUUGAUGAAGAUUCCGCGGAAUAAAGGGUUUAUGAUAACUAGGAGUGAAAAACAUAUGGAUAUCUUCAAAAUGAGACAGCAAAAGAAAAAUCUUCAUAAUGAAGCGCCCAGAAGAACAUCUUUCACCAUGAAAGAGUCAAGAGGGUAUCAGCACUAUGAUGAAGCCAAGGAGAAAUUCGCACAGUGA